AUGAGCGACGAAAAGUCGCUGGAGAAGGAUGCGGCCGCGUUCAGGAGGCUGGCCUUCAUCGGUGUUAGUGUAUCCACCGUAUCAACACUCAUCUGCGUACUAGCAGUCCCGCUAUGUUAUAGCUACCUUCAGCAUUUACAGUCGAUGAUGCAGUCAGAAGUCGAUUUUUGCCGACAGCGCUCCUCGAAUAUUUGGCGGGAGGUGACGAAGACACAGGUCCUCGCUCAGGUAGCCGGUGGAAGAAUAAAGCGACAAUCCGGCUACGAGACUCAAUCACUCGGAGUUGAGGGCUCUUUUGGACCCGUUCAAGGAGCAUGCUGUGGCUGCGGAGUAUCGCCUAUGGGACCACCUGGACUCCCUGGCCCGGAUGGUCGUGAUGGAGAGGAUGGAGCGCCUGGGUUCCCUGGGAAAAAUGGACCUCCCGGACUUGAGGCUCCACCACCGCCAAGCUUGGACUGGUGCUUCGAAUGCCCCGAUGCCCCCGCUGGCCCUCAAGGCCGUCCCGGACCCAAGGGAUACCCAGGAGGACGAGGACCCGAUGGCGUCGCUGGGAAUGCUGGUGGAUGCUCACAUUGUCCACCACCGAGAACUGCGCCUGGAUAC